AUGGGAAGCUGUGCCGAGGCCCAAACUGCGGCCAAGCCUGCAGCCCUUCCCAGCGCCAACUCGGAGGCUCCAGUCCUCUCUGCAUCUGGCAAGCAGGAUGGCUCCCUGCUGAUCGCAGAGGACCGGCAGGUGGGCAUACUAAGCCUGCAUGCUUAUGCCUCCUACUUCCGGCAGGCAACUUCUAGCGGGUCGUUGCUACAAGGCGCCGUGCUCUUCGUGUUUGUCACCCUGCUGGUAGUUCUCGCGGAGGUCUGCCGCACAUCCACGGAGAUCUGGGUCACGCUGUGGACGGAAGCCACUGGUGAUUCGGGACAAGAUCUUCCGUACUGGCUGGGUGGAUACAGUGCUAUUCUGAUCCUCCUCAUCCUCGUGUGCCUGCUGCGUGCUGUAGUGUUCACAAUGGUCAUCGUCCGCAUCGCGGCGGGUACUCACACACACAUGGUGCAAAAGGUGCUUCGAGCCUCUGCGCCGCUAUUCUUCGAUGUGGUCCCGGCCGGGCGGAUCCUGAAUCGCUUCUCCAGGGACCUGGAUGCUAUGGACUCUCAACUGCCGGACUACAUGGCCGAAUUCCUCACAAGCUUGGUUUACGUCACCGCCAGCGCGGCUGUUUGCGUAACCGUGUCUCCCUUCGCGAUCGUGGGCUUAGUCCCACUUUGCAUCAUGUUCGUGUACGUUCGGAGGUAUUACACGUGCAGUGCCCGGGAACUGAAACGACUAGAGUCUGUUUCCAGGAGCCCGCUCUACGUGGACUUCCAGGAGCUUUUGACGGGCUUGGUUCACCUCCGAGCAUUUGGGCUGGAGCAGAGUGCGCUGCGCAACUUCGAGCGAAAGGUGGACGAGAACAACCAGAUGUUCUUCCACCUUCACGCGCUUGUGCCGUUCAACGUGCUGCGCGGGAACGGUCUCGCUGCACUCUUUGUGUCCAUCAUGGCUGCAGUGGUCGUGGUGUUGGGCAAAAGUCUCGAGACGUCUCUAAUCGGUCUCGGCCUUUCAGCUGCCGCCGGACUCGUCGGACGCCUGCACCAGACGAUCCGAUUCUCCGCGGAAGUCGAAAACAACUUUACUUCAGUUGAGCGCCUGCAGCAUUUCGACAAGGUCCCUCAGGAGGCAGAGAACACCGACGCGCCCAUGCCUGUGGCAUCCUGGCCUAGCAGCGGGGAGGUCGUCUUCGAGGAGGUGAAACUCUGCUAUCGCCCGCACCUCCCUCUUGUCCUGGAUGGAGUGUCUUUCCGCGUCCUUGCCGGACAGCGUGCUGGCAUCAUUGGGCGAACGGGCUCCGGCAAAUCCACCUGCAUGGGUGCAUUGCUUCGUCUCGUGGAGUUAGCUGGAGGCCGGAUCCUUAUCGAUGGCCAGGACCUCGCCAAGGUCCCCCUCCAGCUCCUCCGCGGCCACGCGGUGGCGAUCAUUCCGCAGGAUCCGUUUUUGUUCGCUGGCACCGUUCGGGACAACUUGGAUCCUUUCGGUAUGUCCUCCGCCACCGAGCAUCAGCAAGCUCUGGCGAAAACUGGGCUCUGGGAAGCGCUCGGCGAGGAUGGGUUGGAUUCCCCAGUGCACGGUCGCGGCGCCAACUUCUCAGUUGGCCAACGCCAGUUGCUGUGCUUUGCGCGGGCCCUGCUGCGCCAGGCACGCGUGAUGUUGCUGGACGAGGCCUCAGCAAACAUCGACGCCCUCACAGAUGCCGCGCUCCAGAAAACGCUCCGCACCUGCUUCUCCGGCUCAACUUUGCUCAUCAUCGCGCAUCGCCUGUCCACGAUUGCGGAUGCAGACCUGCUGAUUUGCAUGGACAAAGGCAAGGUCGAAGAGGCAGGCCCGCCGGCAGCCUUACGAAGAAAGGGAGGUGUCGUGGCAACGAUGUUUGCAAAUGCAGGCGAGCCCGAGCUGCCAGCAGAAGGCAGAGGCGAUCUGCCAUCCACCAAGGUCUCCCUCUAA